GGCGACUGGUGCGUGGUUACGUCACGGGCAGAGGCGAUCGGUGAAGAUGUCGUGAGGGCGGGCAGGACGGUUCCAAUUCGAGUUGAGUGGAUCAGCUGCAAAUAAAAUAUGUAUUUAAUUGCUGUGAACCAUGAAGGUCCCAAAAAUUGCAUUUGUUUUGGUCCUUUUCUUAUUCCUAUUCCUGUACAUCUAUCAGAAGAAACCUUUGCAACGAAUACAGAGUGGACUUGGAUUCAAUGUGCAGAUCACACACGAACAACCUGUUCCUCAAGCCUUCUAUGGAAUUAUGUUUGAUGCUGGCAGCACUGGGACACGCAUCCAUGUUUUCAAGUUUACCCAGAUGGCAAAUGAAUCUCCUAAACUUGCAAAUGAAACUUUCAAAGCCUUGAAGCCAGGAUUGUCAGCAUAUUCUGAAAAGCCUCACUUGAGCACAAAGGGAAUUGAAGAUCUGUUGGAGGUUGCCAAAGAAUCAGUUCCUUAUGACUAUUGGUCAAGCACUCCUUUAGUACUAAAAGCCACAGCUGGGUUACGGCUUUUACCUGGAGUAAAAGCCCAGCUUCUACUAGACAAGGUGAAAGAAGUCUUUCAAUCAAGUCCUUUCCAAGUGUUAAAUGAUUGUGUUAGUGUCAUGGAUGGGACAGAUGAAGGUAUUUCAGCAUGGAUUACUGUCAACUUUUUAACAGACAGCUUGCAAGAUUCAAAGCAAGAUGCUGUUGGAAUGCUUGACCUUGGGGGUGGUUCUACGCAAAUCACGUUUUUGCCUCACAGUGAGAUGACACUCCAGACCUCUCCUGUUGAAUGUAUUACCUCAAUUCAGAUGUUCAAUAGCACUUUCAUACUUUACUCACGCAGUUACUUGGGGCUUGGGCUGAUGUCAGCGAGAUUGGCGAUUUUAGGAGGAACUGAAGGUAAACCAACUGAGAAGGAUCAAGACUUAGUAAGUUCCUGCUUAACACCAGGCUACAAAACAGAAUGGAAACAUGCUGAAAUUCUUUACAGCAUUAAAGGACAGAAAGCAGGAGAGCAUCUGUAUGAUUCCUGUUAUUCAAGGAUAGAGAAGGUGCUUUACAAAAGGGUGCAUAAGCCUGAGGAAGUACAGAACAUUUCAUUUUAUGCAUUUUCCUACUACUACGACAGAGCAGUCGAUGUUGGGCUGAUUGAUGAAGAAAAAGGAGGCAUUUUAAGAGUUGAAGAUUAUAGGAGAGCAGCCAAGCUUGCAUGUCAAAGUAUGGAAGAUGGGUCAACAGAUCAACCAUUUCUUUGCAUGGAUCUUGUAUACAUAACCGUGCUGCUGCAGGAGCUGGGAUUCCAAAAUGAUGCCGAGUUAAAGCUUGCUCGAAAGAUCAAUGGUGUUGAGAGCAGUUGGGCACUGGGAGCUACAUUCCAUUACAUCGACUCCCUUCACUGAAACUGGAGAGAAAAGCGAUUGUUUACAGUUCCAUCAGGGUUGGACACACACCUUCUUCAAAAUAUUGUCUUCCCCCAGUGGCAAUGGGGCAAUCAUAAAAUGCGGGUCUAGACUUUGUUGAUUUUAAUAUUCUGAGUCUCUGGGGUUUAUUGUUUUAAAUCUAGGCGAUCAAAAAUCACUGAUUUUUAGAUGGUUGCCACAUUGGCUGAGAUUUUGCAUGAUCUUUAACAAACAAAUGGUGAGAAUCUUUUUUGUAACUUUAUUUUAUUUUUUAGGAAUCAACAAAAAAUGAAAUUUAAAGGGAUUGUGAAUUGUGUUUAUUUUUAAUGUAUAAUACCAUUUUUAUUUGAUUUUGGGGUCAGGGAAGGGAGUUAGUGAUCAGGUUAGGAUUUGGGGACAGGGAUGGAUGUGGGGGAUUUAGAGGACAGGGUAGAGUCUAGGCCUCUGCUCCACAUUUAGCCACUUGGAUGUGGUCAGAUGUUGAGCCAGCAGAGCAGCAGGAAUGAGGCUGGUAAUGCCUCAGUACGCAAGCUGGGUCGGCGAAGACCAGAGUUCAAGGCCUAGUGUUCAGGAUCCCGCCAUCGGUGAGUCUGGAGCUCAAGGCCUGGAUCUUGUGUCCUCAUUCGUUGUUAAUGAUACUGAAAGAUCAAAACCCUAAAGUCAUUCUGAAGUACAGAAGUAGAGGCCUGAUAGCCAGAGCUGUGAGUAUGCAAACCUCUGUGAGUCCUUUGGGGAAGUCGAAAGCCCAAUGUCUGUGAGUCCACGAGUCUGCUGGAGCCUGGAGCCCAAAGAUGGCCUGUUUUGGGGUUGGAGGACUGGUUGGGAGGGAGGAACAGGUCUUGGUUUGCUGUGGUGCUUUUGACUUGGUGCUUCUGCUUUGUUGUGAUCUGUGUUGUUCUGCCAAGCUUGGUGGGCAUGCUGUAUUGGCACUGGAAUGUUUGUGGAAGCUUGCAGGCUGACCUCUGCACUCCCUGGUUGGCUAUUACACUGUCCCGCCAAUGAACUGGACUCUGAAAACUCACACUCGGUUCUCAAUCACACUUUAUUUACUGGUGCACAAGGAAAACAGCAUGGCCCCUGUCACCACACUUUUCUGAAGUGUGAGCAAAGAAAUGCCUUUUUUUAUAUACAGAAAUUCACUAGUUGUAUACAAAUACUGAUCCAAUAGAAACUUUGUGCCUUUCCGAUUCCCAUCAUUUCUAUAUUUAAGUACCAAUCAUGAUACAUAUUUCAGGUGUUAAUAACCAAUUAAAUCUACAUGUUAAGGGCCAAUAAUACUUGAAUUAUUAGUAAAUACUGCCCUAGAAUCCUUCAUUUGCAUCUUUGUCUUGGUAUGCUCGGUGACCUUGGUUCCCAGGCUUGAACCAGAUCUGCAUCAGAUCUUUUCCAUGAAAUAAAAAUAAAACCGUUUUGAGGGAACACUAGUUCAUUUAGAAAAAUAGCUACUCACAGUUGGCCAUCACAGUCAACCUUUAUUCAACAUUCCAUCUACAAUGGAUGUCACCAUAGCAUAAUGAGAAGAAUAUUUCAGAUUUGCUGAAUAAGUAAUACCAUUUACCACUAGAUAUCUGUCAGUUGCAGGGACUUACCAUUUUGUUACAUUUAAGACCAUUCAGUUAUGUAUUACACGAUUUUGUAAUUAUUUAUUCUGUAUGCAUCAAAGAACAACUAUGAGAGUUAUAAACAAGCUUUGAAUAGCUUUUAUCAACCACAAUAUCUGCAGGUGAGCCAUUCUUAUUUGGAAGUGUCUGCCAAUAGUAUGAGCCAUUCUUAUUUGGAAGUGUCUGCCAAUAGUAUAUGUUGAUUUAAAUAUUGGAAUUACAUUGCAAAAGAGAGCAAAGUUUGAGGUGAUUUGUCCAUGCUUCAUUUCUACCCUCCUUGUGGGCAUUGUACUGACUAAGCCUGCCAAUCCAUAGUAUUUGAAUGAAGUAUUCUGGCCAUUUUUUUAAUAUAUAGAAUAUAACAUCUCUCAAAAGGACUUCAUAGAAAACCUUUAUAAUUGUUUAUGUCAGUAAUGUUUGAAAGUUGCACUUUCAAAUUUUAAAGGGUAGUGAAUGCAAAAUUUACUACUGAAUCUUUCCCCAAUAAAUCAAUUAUAGAAUUGAUGCUAGCCGGCCAUAAGGUUUGUCAGCUAGUUUUUAGACACUUUGCCAUUGUAAACUAGCAAGCACCUAAUUUCUGCUUUCAGGUGAGUCCUUCCUGUUCGUAAAUUUGAAACCAGCUGCUGCUGGGGGAGGAUUAUUAUCAUUCAGUGAUGGUUAGAUGUUUACCCUUCUCAUUACAUUGCCUUAUGUUGAAGCUAAAAUGCAAAUUUAUAGUCAGUGAUCCACUUGAAUCUUCCAACCUUAAUGCAAGAUGCUAAGCUCAGGCAAAAAUUAACUGAGAUAAAAUAUGCACUCUGCUAGUCUAUUGUAAUUUGUGAACUCUGCUCAGAAUGAUUAAAGAUUGGUUUAUUUCCUUGUGAAAGGGGAAAUGGAAUCAUCGAAGGUUAUCCAAGUCAAUUUGGAAACCUUGAUUCAUCAGAUUAAGGGCAUAAAAUGGGGGUGAGCAUUUCAGGUAUAAGGCUAUCACUGUAAAGGUCUUGCAAAGAUUUUUGCUAAUAAAUUCCACUUACAUUAUUUGUUAACACAAAAUGUAAAAAUUCUAUCUUAUUGUCUGUUAGAGGCUGACUUUUAGCACAUUAUCUUUCUAAUUUCUGGAAGUAUAUGGUCACUUAACAAAAGCACUUUACAAGGUGAUGAACAUUCAGUAUGCAGACUCAAUGAAGAUUUACUAAUGCCUCAGACGUUUGAAAAUUUUGCUCCCAAAUCUGUUCUCAUCAGGGCUACCAACUGAUGUGUGGAUGUGUUUGUACUGUUGAUCGUUUCCAUCUAAGUUUGUCUGCUAUCUGUUCUUAAGCCAUUCUUCCUUUAUUUUCUGGUUGCAAGUUUGAGCUUCCUUUCAUUUAAAAAGUCACAGAACUUGUGUAAAAAGUUACAAUACAUUUGAACAGAGCAACAACUGGUAUUUGAUAUUUAAAAAUCUUCAGGAAUUAAGUAAAUAAAUUAAUUUUAGUGUUCUACUUAAAAGGAUAUGUCUUCUAAAGCUUUGUUCCUUUUUGACCAACACAGAAUGCUGGAGGAAAACAACAGGAAGUCAGCCAACAUCUAUGGAGGGGAGUAAACAGUUGAUAUUUUGGGCUGAGACCAUUAAAUCUGGAAAGGAAGGUGGAAGAAGUAAAUAAGACAUAGGAGUAGAAUUAGACCAUUCAGCCCAUUGAGAGUUCUGCUAUUUCAUCAUGGCAGAUUUAUUAUCUCUCUCAUUCCCAUUCUGUUACCUUCUCCCUGUAACCUGCGACACCCUUAGUAAUCAAGAACCAUUCAACCUCUGCUUUAGAUAUAUCCAAUGACUGGGCCUCCACAGCUGUCUGUGGCAAUGAUUCACCACCUGAAGCUGGAAUAAGUUAGGGGGUGGGAGGAAGAAAGGAAUACAACCAGGUGAGAGCAAAGGUGGGUGUGUGGGGGAAGAGGGAAUGAAGUAAGAAACUGGAAGGUGAUAGGUGAAAGAGGUAAAGGGCUGAAAAAAUAGGCAAUCUAAUAGGACAGUUGGUGGAGCAUGGAGGAAAAGGGAAGGGGAACCAGAGGGAGAUGAAGACACUUCGCAUUCUGUCAGCGUAGUUUCCAAACUCAUGGUAUGAACAUUGAUUUCUCUAACUUAUGGUAAUUACUGUCCUUGCCCACUUCUGUAUUUUUCUGUUCCCUAUUCUGUUCGCCCUCUUACCCCUCCUCUUCACCCACCCAUCACCACCCUUUGGUGCCCCUCCUCCUUCCCUUUCUCCCAUGGCCUACUGUCUGCCCCUACUAGAUUCCUUCAUCAUUCCAUUACCUUUUCCACCUUUCAACUGCUAGUUUCUCACGUCAUCCCUCACAUAUCUUCUGCCAUCUUGUAGCCACCCCACCCCCCCUUACGUCCUUCCUUUCCAGACAUGGUGAAAGAUGCCAGCCUGAAACAUGUUUAUUCCCCUACAUAGAUGCUACUUGACUUGCUGAGUUCCUCCAACAUUUUGUCUGCGUUGCUCUGGAUUCCCAGUAUCUGCAGAAUCUUGUGUUCAUUUUUUAUAUUGAUUUGAGCAGAAAACAGAAACUUUUGUCAUUUAUCAUUGAAUUAAUAAUGAAGAGGAAAUUUUGAACUUCUCUUGAAAAUUUGUUACCUUAUAUACUAUUUACCACAACUGCACCUUCUGAUUUAUAUGCUAUCAUAGUCAUGGUUAUUUCUAGUCUUGUAUAAACUUUUAAAUAUAUAUAAUCUUAUCGCUGUAGCUUCAAGUUUUUUUCAGUUUUAAGGAAAACUCCAUUGGUCAUGAAGUCAUUUUAAAGGGACUAAGCUUACAGAAUAUUUACAAAAUGAGAGGGUAGAGAAAGUCUGCAGAUGCUGUAAAUCUAAACAACACACACAAAAUGCUGGAGGAACUCAGCUGGCCAGGCAGCUUCUAUGGGGAAAAAGUACAGUCAACGUUUUGGGCUGAAAACCUUCGGCAGGGGUAAUAAAUCAGCCAUGAUUGAAUGGUGGAGCAGACUCAAUGGGCUGAAUGGCCUAAAUUGCUCCAAUGUCUUAUUGUCUUGAUGACCCUUUAUUCUGCAACUAACUUGGCAAUUUACAACAAAGAAUAAAUACCCUAAGAAUGCAGUCACUAGAAGUUUCUGGACAAUUUGUGUCACUCAUCCAAUAGCCUGUGUUUCAAGAGCUCCAACAAUAUAAAAAACAGCAGUGCAAGGACUUUUCUGUAAUAACAAGGAUUAUAUUUCUGCAAUGCCACUUGUUAUACCCACACCCUAAAAAGGGAAUAACAGUCUCUGGAAUCACACUGCUGCCGUUCUAUUAUUUAAAAAUGGUUUGUUUUAAACGUUUACCUUGUCCUUUUUUUCCUGUCUUUCUAUGCCAAAUUUGGUGCGAGUCCCAUUUCCUCCUCUGCUAAUCCUCCUUUUAAUUUUUAAAUUCCCAUUCGAUAGAAGAUUAGUUUUAUUUGUCAUGUACAUUGAAAUGCAUCGAGUGCAUUGAUGCUUAUUGGUUAUUCAGUGUGCUGGGGGUGGGGGGUAUGCCGCAAGUGUUACCAUUUUUCUGGUACCAACAUAGAAUGUCCACAAUCACUAACACUGACCUGUAUGUUUUUGGAAUGUGAGGAGAAACACAAAUGGUCACAGGAAGAAUAUACAUUCUCCUUACAGAGAGCAGCAGGAAUUGAAUCCCAAUCGCUGAUCAAUGGCGUUAUAAAGUGUUGUGCUACACUACCAUGCCACCACUCUUAUUCAAAGCAUGUUAAGCCUGUUUGUCAGAACCUGAUAUUCAGCCAACACACACAAAAUGCUGGAGGAAAUCAGCAGGCCAGGCAGCAUGAAUGGAAAAGAGAAGAGUCAACAUUUUGGGCGGAGACCCUUCAGCAGGAGUGGAGAAAAGAAAAUGAGGGGUAGAGUUUAAAGGUGGGGGGGAGGAGAAACACAAGGUAAUAGGUGAAACCUGGAGGGGAAGGGGUGAAAUGAACAACUGGGAAGUUGACUGGUGGAAGAGAUAGAGGGCUGGGGAAGGGGGAGUCUGAUAGGAGAGGAAGAAAGAAAAGUGGGAAGGAGCACCAGAGAGAGGUGAUUAGCAUGCAAGGAGAUAAGGUGAGAGAAGGAAAAGUGGGGGGGGGGGGAGGCGCAGUUACCAGAAUCAAGAAAUCAAUGUUCAUGCCAUCAGGUUGGAGACUACCCAGGUGGAAUAUAAGAUGUUCCUCCAACCUGAGUGUGGCCUCAUUAUGACAGUGGAGGAAGUCAUGGAUAGACAUAAUAGAACAGGAACGGGAAGUGGAAUUAAAAUGGGUGGCCACUGGGAGAUGCCACUUUUUCUGGCAGACAGAGCAUAGAUGCUUGAUGGAGCAAUCUCCUAAUCUAUGUCGUGUCUCGCUACACUGGGAGAUGUAUGACCCCAUGUAUGGUGUAUGACCCCAUGGGAUUUGCAGGUGAAGUGUUGCCUCACCUGGAAGGACUGUUUUGGGGCUUUGAAUGGUAGUGAGGGAGGAGCUGUAGCACUUGUUCUGCUUGUAAGGGUGUACCAGGAGGGAGAUCAGUGGGGAGGGACAAAUGAACUAGGGAGUUGUGUAGGGAGCGAACCCUGUGGAAAGCAGAAAAUGGGAGGAGGGAAAGAUGUGGUUUGUGGUGGGAUCCCAUUGGAGAUUGCAGAGGUUCCAGAGAAUUAUCUGUUGGACAUUGAGGCUGAUGAGGUGGUAGGUGAGGACAAGAGGAACCCUAUCCCUGGUAGGGUGGCAGGAGGAUGGGGUAAGGGUAGAUGUGUGAAAUGGAAGAAAUGUGGUUGAGGGCAAUGUUGAUGUUGGAGGAAGGGAAGCCCCUUGAAGAAGGAGGACAUCUCCUUUGUUCUGGUAUAAAAAGCCUCACCUGGAGAGCAGAUGCAGCAGAGACGGAGGAUCUGAGAGAAGGGGAUGGUGUUUUUACAAGUAACAGUGGGAAGAGGUGUAGUCCAGGUAGCUGUGAGAACCAGUGGGUUUGUAAUAGAUAUCAGUAGAGAUAGAGACAGAUCGAGAAAGGGGAGGGGGUGUCAGAAAUUGACCUGUUAAAUUUGAGGGCCAGAUGGAAGUUGGAGGCAAAGUGAAUGAAGUCGACAAGUUCAGCAUGGGUGCAGGAAGUAGCACCAAUGCGGUUGUGGAUGUAACAUAGGAAAAGUGCAGGACGGCCACCAGUGUAAGCUUGGAACACAGACUGUUCCACAUAACGGACAAACCGACAGGCAUAGCUGGGACCCAUGUGAGUACCCAUGGCUAGUUCCGCUAGGCAGAGGAGAAUUGGUUGGGACUGGUGUCAAAAAGAAAUGGAGAGCUUUCUCGGCCUGAAAUGUUGACUGUACUCUUUUCCAUAGAUGCUGCCUGGCCUCCUGAGUUCCUCCAACAUUUUGUGUGUGUGUUGCUUAGAUUUCCAGCAUCUUCAGAUUUUCUCUUAACUUUACUGACUGGUAUUCAGCCAUCUUAGACUUCUCUGCUACUGUGUCAAGGCACCAUUAUGUCAAGAGUAUGAAAUAGCUGAUGUGCAGGAAUGCCCCACAUUAUAAAAGAUUAUACAUGGACAUGUUCUGCUCUUCUCUCGUAUGAUAACAAGUAAUCCUAAGCAACUGCCUAAGAUGGAAAGUCUUCAAAACCAAAUCUGAAUAAUGCAUCCUGAGGAACAUAGCUUUAGUAAUCCUAAAUGUUGAAGGUUAUUUCCAAUAUGUUAACUAUUAGUUCCAUUUAUGAAUAAAUACUGUGCAGAACUACAUAUGUGUUUUAAGGAGCAAGCUUAAAAUAAUUUUGAGGUGAGGAGGAGAAUUGCUGAGAGAUUUCCAGUGCUGUUUAACUGUCCUUAAUUUGAUUCAAGUGCAGAAAAUGUGUUUUUGAUCUACUUACACAAGUGAUAUUUCUGACAAUUGACAUAGGAUGCAUGGUUUGGUUCACUGCUCUGCUCUCUCUACACUCUUGAUCAUGUGGCUUGACACAGCUCAAAUGCCAUAUCUAAAUUUGCUGCUGUUGGUGACGAGGAGGUAUACAGGAAUGAGCUAGAUUGGUUAGUAUCACAACAACCUCAUACUCAACAUCAGCAAGACCUAGGAACAUUUUGUGGACCUCAGGAAGCAAAAGUCAGGAGAAUGCACACUAGUUCGCAUUGAGGGGUCAGCAGUGAAAAGCUUCAAGUUCCUGGGCAUCAACAUCUUAGGAGCACAAAGAAGGCACACUAAUGGCCCUAUUUAAGAAUUUGAGGAGAUUUAGUAUGUCACCAAAACUUGGCUGACUGGUGGAGAGCCUUUUGACUGGUCACAUCACAGCUUGAUAUGGAGCCUCCAAAGCACAGGAUCUCAAGAGGCUGCAGAGUAGACUCAGCCAUUUCCACCAUGGGCAUAACGCUCCCCACCACCUAAAUCAUCUUUAAGGGGCGGUGCCUCAAGAAGGUGGCAUCUAUUAUUAAAGACCCUCACCAUCAAGGACAUCUUCACAUUACCACCAUCAGAGAGGAGGUACAGAAACUUGAAGACACACACAACAUUUAAGAACGACUUUUCUUCUCCACUUUCAAAUUUCCGAAUUGUCCAAGAAUACUACCUCAUUAUUCAUCUUAUACACUAUUUAAUUUUGCAAAUUAUGAUAAUUUUUGUCUUGCAGUGUAUCACCAAAAGGCAACAAAUUUCACUGUAUACAGUAUGUUAUUAAUAAACCUGAUUCUAAUUUGCAAUAUCAAACAGGACAGCAUUAUUACAAUUAUUUUCCUCCAUGUGUGACUGCUUUACAUAUAAAAGGACUGGACAUUUUAUGAUUUCCAUUAUAUCAGAAUCAGGUUUUCUAUCACUGACACAUUAUGUCAUGAAAUGUGUUUUGCAGUAGCAAUACAUGAAAUAUAUCAUAUAAAUUGCAAUAAGAAAUAUAUUAAGUAGUGCAAAAAUAGUGAGGUGGUAUUCAUGGGUUUAUUAACCAUUUAGAAAUCUGAUGGUGGAGCAGAAGAAGCUAUUCCUAAAACAAUAGUAAUGUGAAGAGGACAUGUCCUGGGUUGUGCAGUCCCUAAUGAGGAAUUUUUGGGAAUUGCUUUUUGAAAAUGUCCUCAGUGUUGGGGCGGCUAGUGCCUACGAUGGAGCUAGCUGUGUUUACUACCCCUGCAGCUUUUUCUGAUCCUGUGCAGAGGCCCCUCCUACCAGUUAGGAUGCUCUUCAUGAUACAUCUGUAGAAAUUUGUAAGUCUUAAAGCAACCCUUACCAACAUCUUGUUACCUAUUCAAAACAAAUUGGUAAGGAUAAUCAAGCUUGUUAGGAUGUUCUCCACAUUACAUCUAGAAUUUUUUUAGUAUCAUAACAAACCUUAAAUUCCUAAUGAAAUAAAGCCGUUGGUGUGGCUUCUUUGUAAUUGCAUCAGUAUGUUGGGCCCAGGGUAGAUCUUAAGAGAUGUUGGAACCCAGGAACUUGAAACAGCUCACCCUUUUAUGAGGACAUGUGUAUUUCCUCAACUUUCCCUUCCUGAAGUUCACAAUUCUUUGUCUUACUGAUGUUGAGUACAAGUUUGUCAUUGUGACACCACUCAACCAGCUGAACUAUCUCACUCCUGUACACCUCCCCAUCAGCAUCUGAGAUUCUGCCAGUAACACCUAUGUCAUUGGCAAAUUUAUAGAUGGCAUUUUGUGCUGUGCCUUGCCAUGCAGUCAAAGGUGUAGAGUAGAGCAGUAGGCUACGUAUGCAUCAUUGAGGUGCUCUGUGAUAAUUAUCUGUGACUAGGAUAUGUUAUUUCUGAUCUAGACUGUCUGUGAUCUCACAAUGAAGUUAAGGGUCCAGUUGCAGAGGGAGGUACAGAGGACCAGGUUUCAAAGCUCGUUAAGUAGUACUGAGGGGAUGAUAGUGUUGAACACAGAGCUGCAAUCAAUAAACAGCAAUUUGAUGUAGGUAUUGGUCCAAGUGGUUCAAAGCUGACCGGAGAGCCAGUGAGAUUGCACUUGCUGUAGACCUGUUGUAGCGGUAGGUAAAAUGCAGUGAGUCCAAGUGCUUGCUGAUGCAGGAGUUGUUGCUGGUCAUGAUCAACCUGUCAAAGCACUUCAUCAUAGUAAAUGUGAGAGCAACUGGGUACUAAUUCAGCUCACUCUGCUCUUUUUGGGCACUGAUAUGACUGAUAGACAGAUGCAUAUCCUGCAAGUUCCAACUUCCCAUGCAACUACAACAGUUGUUGCAGCUAUGGAUGUUCAAUAUUUGAUGGCCAUCAACAAGCAACUACUGUAUGUCAUGUAGGAAAAGCUGAGUGUCCUGUGAGGGAUUAUUUCCUCAGUACACUGUAGGGUGUUCUGUUUGCCCUUUCUAAGGACUGGAGUUUGUAAAUAUGCUGCAAAAGAUAAUGGUUCUCCUUUAGCGGAAAUUAAUGUUGAAUGUUCAAAAUAUUUUUUUUAAAUCUGCAGCAAUAUAAGAUUUACUCCAGUCGUUUCUUGCACACUGAGCACCUAAAGGACUGGCAGCUCCUUAAAUUUACCCCACUCUUUUGCAGCAGCUGCACACAAAUAAAUAUAAUCAGCACUCUAAAUAGCUACAAAUCUGAAGGCAAUAGAUUUAAUGUGGAAAGUAUCCAUCAUUACCAAUACUCAUGAUGAUAUACUGUCCUAAUCUGAAAAUGCCAAUAUGAUUGUUGUAUAUUUUUUUAUUUAUAGGCAUUGUGUGGUAAGUCAACACCUACUUAAAGGAAUGGAAUAAAACAAAACUUUGAGUACUAUAAUGCGACAACUUA